CUUCGGAAGAUGAUGUCUACAAAACGUUUUAUUAUUUUCGCGUGCCUCGUAUCAAUCGUAGCGGGUCGCUGGGGUUUUCGAAGAGGGGGUUUCCGAACUGGUGGUUCAAGAGUUUCUUUUGGUAAUUGGGGAUCUAAAUCAAGUUCUUCUAAUUGGAAUAGCUAUUCUUCGUCACAAAUGGUCACACCUAACCCAUUUUAUUUAAGAAGUGAUGAUACUCGCCCUCCACGUUUUCCAACACCUAUAAGAAGUUAUGCAUCGCCCACAGAAAGUUCUUAUUGGCCUACUCAAAGACCAUUUGUUCUAGCACUACCUACGCCGAGCUCUGUUGUGCAAACUUUUCCGCCUGUUUAUGAAAAUCGAGGAUUGCCUAAUCUUCCGCAUCGAAGCCCAACUAGAACUACACCAAGAACUACUUACAACAACUUAAAUUAUAAUGAUAAUUAUAAUAAUCAACACGGUUAUCCAUCGCAAAAUCGAGGAUUGCCUAAGCUUCCGGAUCGAAGCCCAACUAGAACUACACCAAGAACUACUUACAACAACUUAAAUUAUAAUAAUAAUUAUAAUAAUCAACACGGUUAUGAAGAUGCAUAUGGAGGCGGAUAUGGAGGUCGCCCCAAUUAUUACAAUUCCUAUAAUAGUUAUUCACCAUACUACACGCCAUCAUAUUCGAAAUAUCCGAAUUUAUAUCAACCAGUUGGAAAGUACAAAAAUCAUCGUGUAAGGAAUUCUGUUAUCGCUGGAUUAGGAGGUUCAGCUUUAGGAAUGUACCUUGGUUAUAAAUUGGGAACUUAUACAAGUGGAUUAAAUCAACUAAUUGGAGGAUAUAAUUCGGGUUAUAAUAACCCUUUUUUAAAUAAUCCAGGUUAUAAUAAUGGAGGAUCUAGAUAUGGAACUGGUUUUCCACAAUAUUCAGUAGUUCAUCAUUACCAUCACGGAAAAAAACCAAUUCCCCAAACAAUCGAAGUAAAAGAAAAUGUAAUAAAACAAUGUGGAAAUGACACAAAUUUUUGUACACCAAAUACAACGCCUCUUUGUAGGACUAAUGGAACGAUUUAUUGCAUAGCCCCAAUAUCAGCCACUUCGAAUUGUGUCGCAAGCUCUGUUACUCAUUUACCAUGUUUAAAUACAACCAUUUCCAUUCCGUGCGUAAACGCUUCUGGUCUUAAUUGCCAUAAUGGGGUAAUGUUAAGUGAAACGGUGGCUAUUCCUUGCGUUUCUAACAUUAGCGUUUAUGGAGAUUUCACUGGUAAUAAACUGCAGGUACAUACGUUUACUGCAGAUAAUUCUACGGCGGACAUAGCUGUUACAGGACAGGGAAUAAAAAAUAAUUUUUGCGUUACGGUUAUUGCAGAUCCCGUUAAAAUUCCAAAAAAAUGGAAGAAUCAACAGAAUUUGUGGUAUUUGGGAAAUAAUUUUUUUUAUUAAAAAAAUCGAAUUAAUUCAUUGAAUGUUUAUCAUAUCUAAAUAUGUUACCAACAUAUAUUUUUAAGAAAAUUACGACUUGUUAAUGUGUACCUUCUAAAUUCGGAAUAAUAAAGCAUUAUUUAUUAUUUUGAAAA